AUGAUCAAAACGAAAUGUCAGUUGAAAGCAUACUUUUCCAGAGUUUGGAGAGAGAAUCGUCGUCGCAUCGUGGGUUUCCCAGCACGACAUCAUGCUCGAUAUGGCAACGAAAUGUACUACAAUAGUAAUCACACUUGUCAGUUGAGUAUCAUACUCACUGGUGCUGCUUUCCUGCAUAAGGUUUGUUAAUC